CCACACACCGUCGGGUUUUCACAGUACCGUGUGUGGGGCACGGUAGAGUGCUGGUUUUCUCGCCGCUGGCGGGCAGCCGGAAGGACUUCCUUCGCCUCUCCAUCCUACGGCGGAAAUGCAAGCCGAGUGUCUUGAAGCAGAGCGCUUCCUUUUGUAACUAGUCUACCACCACGUAGGAUCUUUCUCAAGUGUUGGGAGCUGAACUGUGUGUGGCUCAGGGAAGGGAACUGUGGCAAGCUAAGGAGGCCGUAUGCCAUGUAACUUCCAGAUCUCAUGUCAACACCAAGCCCUCAGCUGCUGGUGGCAGCUGCUCAGCAGACUCUGGGCACGGGCAAGAGAAAAUGCCCACCUCGAGCUACCUGCCUUCACCUGGCAGGAGAGGUGCUGGCUGUGUCCCGCGGGCUGAAGCCAGCUGUACUCUAUGAUUGCAACUCGGCAGGAAUAUUGGCGCUCCAACGGUAUCUGGAGGAACUACAGGGGCUGGGCUUCCUGAAGCCAGGACUUCACAUUCUUGAGAUUGGAGAGAAUAACCUUAUCGUCAGUCCUGAGUAUGCCUGUCAGCAUUUGGAACAGACACUGCUUGGUACCGUAGCUUUCGUGGACGUUUCCCACUCCCAACCUCAUCCUUCUGUCCGAUCGGUGGACCAGCUCCUGGACUUGAAAUCUCUCAUAGCUGACGUCAUCACACGUUUUCGAGGACUGCAGAAGGAUGUGUCUCUGGGAGUCUCCUACAGCAAGCUACAUUCCUCAGACUGGAAUCUCUGCACUUUAUUUGGGAUACUCCUGGGAUAUCCUGUCUCUUACACAUUUGACCUGAACCGUGGAGAUGACAACUGCUUAUCCAUGACUCCCCUGCGGGUGUUUACUGCCCGGACUUCAUGGCUGCCUGGUCAACCAUCAAUUCUGCUGUACUCCUUUAGUGUUCCAGAGAGUUUGUUCCCAGCCCUGAGGAACUUUAUAAGUGCCUGGGAGAAGGAACUCAGAACCCGAUUUAGGGCUCAGAAUGCCUUUGCUGACCUCAGCAUCUCCUCUGAGGUGGUCACACUUCCUGCUGUGGCCCUCUGAGUUAACUCUGCCCGUUGGGAAAGUAUCAGUGAAUGUCAGGAUGAAUGUUGUGUGAUCAGUUAAACACAUGUGAAUGGGGAGUUGUUGGCAGCAGUAGUAUGAUUUCCAUCUUUAAAUUAGGAGUUCCUAGGUCCUUAGCAGAGGUGCCUGUUUAUUUUUCAUUGAAUAAGAGAAGAAUGGGAAAAGGAGCAUUGUGGAUACACGAGUGUACCCUUGGAUGGUGGCCUCUCCUAGUGGAUAGUGCCUUAGAGGGAAGGAGAAUGACUAGGUAAUUUCUAUGUACAGAACUCUAACUGAAGUAGGGUAUGAGACAAUGAUGUUUAAAGGUUAUACUUGCAGGUUAUUUCUCAGGAAUACACAGUUCUAAAGAGUAGUCUUGUGAGAUAAAGUUUAUUUACAACAUGGUGAAAAAAAUAAAACUAAGAGUCCGGAUUCAUUUGGAGGGAAACCCAAGUUAUAAAGUAUCAGAAUUCAAGUUUUUCAUGGAGUUGUCUGCGUCUGAGCUUUACUUCAGAUAGAUGUCAGAAGCUCUUCAGAUGACCAGGUUGGCUUUGUUUGCCAGGAACACUGCCAGUGCUGUAGCAAUCACCACCAUCAGCACUGGGAGCCAUUGACCACACUGCAGCUGUAUGGGAGGAGGUGGAGACAGGAGAGAGCUGCUAUGAGUUAGCUGGAGAAAAUAUGGGCAAGAAUAGUCCUUGGCAUUUUAACCCAGUAGAAGACCUCACACUGGUGGCAGAAAGGGCUUUUUUUUCUCUUCGGUGUCUCCCUCACUUUUUGUCAUUUCCACUGAGAUAAAACCAGUUUACUCAUAUCUGACAGGGGACAGAUAUUUAAAUGCUGAUCUGAAUAAGGUGGAAAAUAACUCAGCAGAAUAACACUCUUUGUACACACCUCAAUGCUUUUGCAGUCCUCCUCUGCCCUCGUCAUUAUGUUCACAAUAAAUCAAAAGAGUACUCUUUCAUGCUUGAACCAGUACAGGCUGAGUAUCCUUUUUCUGAAAUGCUUGGGAUUAGGACUCAUUCAAAUUUUGUCUCCCCCCCCCACCCCCCAGUAAUAUUUGUAUAGACUUUACCAGUUGAGCAGACAUAAUAAAAAGACAU